GUUAACCUGUGGAUCAUUUAUCACUGCUUUGGCACAAAAUGUAUUCAAUGACUGCAUCUCUAAAAUUACAUGAAUCCAACAGGCAAUUUGCACAUUUAUACUAUUUUCAAAACCUGUUCAAAACCUAGCAUUGUACAAACCUGAAUAAAACAACAGUUUGCUAAAUGUGCAGACAGUAAUACCAAAAUGAAAUAUAGCCUAUUCUAAAUCUAAAAAUGAAAUACUAGCAAAACAAUUAGAUGUAGUUGAUGUAUAGUCUUUCAGUUUUAUUACCAUCUGUACAGAAAGGGACACCUAUUAAUAAUUUGUAAUGUAAACAUGACCAUGCAACAUACACUGCAGUGAAUUCUAACAGUAGAAAAUGUCAUUUGUGUUUUUUAAAGAAAUUUAACAAAAGAAAGCAUUGUAUAAUGCCACCUGUUAUUAGUUAGUUAGUGAGUGUGUGUGUGUAGGUCAUUCAUUGUUAGUAAUUGACAGAGUACUUGUUGGGUGACUAGCUUUGCGAUUAUUAUGGAAGAAUGCGUUGAUUUGAAACCUGCAUUAAUUGUUUUGUUAGUUUUAGUAGGCUACAUUUUGAAUAUGCAAUUAACUGCUGUGCCAAGCUGGAAGUUGGUUGAGUUUUGAAAUAGUGACCUAACUAUUAAAAAAAUGUGACCUAAGUGAUUGUAAAAAUCUGCAAUAAACAUUUAAAGCUGUUUGUUUUAAUCAUGCUUUAAAAUGUAACUAAAUAAAACGACGAAACAGUCCAUUAAUAAAUAAUUUAGCAGCAAAAUUUAGCUGUACAAUGCUUUUUUGUCCACGUACUAAUUGCUUUUCUUUGUCGUUUUGUCAUGCAAUUAAAAACACCUUUUAUUUCUCGCUUCCAACGGUAUAAACACCGGAACGUGACUUUUCCAGAAGUUUCCUAGCAACCACAGACGCCGAGGUGUCACCGUCGGUGGAGGUUUUACUCCAGCUCUCCAGAGACAGAAGUGCAACAGUUGUAAUGGACGUAUUAUCUGAAGCGAAGUCUAAACCGCUUUCCACGCUGUCAGUAUUCAGCUUUAUACCGCCCAGAAGGACAGAGCCCAAAGAAAUGCGAUAUUUCAACUGCAGCCCCAAGGCCCCAGAGAGGUCUCUGUAUGACUGCUUACAUCAGAGCACUGAGGACUAUGAUAACAAACUCCACCGUGAUGACAGAAAACAUGCCAAAUCCCGGGGCCUGGACAUCUUCAGUGAGGAAUCAUCUAGACCAGCACCUGUUCUGUCCUCAUCUGUGUAUGGCCGAUCUUCACCGCUGCAGCACGACUCAGGGAGGAGCUUUGCUCGUGUUGCUCACAUUCGUUCUGAUUUCUACAAUAAGAAUGGGAUCACCUGGACCGUGGAGGAAGGCUAUGGAUCUGUGACACCUGUCUAAAUGUGUCUCUUACAUCUGGUCGCAUCUGUCACUGCACAUUACAGUCAAUGUCAAAACAAAUGUCUGAUGCUACAAGCAGAGCAGAUUGUUACUAACAUCCAUACAAUAUAAUAUGUAUUAAUCACAUGAAUGUUUUUGAUGUUACAGGGUGAAUAAAAAAAACAA